UUCCAGUUUAAAAGUUACAAAUAUUUGCCAACCAAAUUAAAAAUGACACUUUAUAAUGCAGUACUAAACGUUGAAGCGAACUGUGAAUUAGAUUAUCAUCGGUAAGCUAACUUGUUUUAACGUCAAGAAAGAAGGAUACCGUGAAAGCAUUCUGAUAAGCCAUGCAUAAGAAUAAGAGCUCUACCUCUUUGCCCACGAUUUCUUCUAGCAUGCGCCAAGGCGCCAGUAAUAAACAUGCCCAAAUGUUGAAGCAAUUUAAUGAAGAUAUUUUCAAGAGAAACGUUCUUACAGAUGUAGAAGUAUUUGUGAAAGGAAAAGUAUUCAGAUCCCACAGAUCUCUUUUAAUAUGUUUCAGCCCUUAUCUCAGGCAGAAGCUGAUAAGUUCAGAAGGAAGGCCUAUCACAAACAAGGUCGAAAUACCCUUGAUAGACAGCAAUGAAUUUGAUGUCCUGCUGCGCUAUAUGUACACGGGAAAUCUUCACAUCGACUGCAAUAUAUUUUUAAGAGUCUACCAGGCAGCUUCGCUUCUAGAAAUGCAAGAUGUCAUGCAAGAAUGCCUUCAGCUCCUGGAAAGUGAAAAUGAUAUGCAAACGUAUUUCUAUGUCUACAUGAUAUCGAAGCAGAUGGGAAUUCAUUCAAACUGGUUGCGAGCUUUCAGGCUGAUCACCCAUAGGUUUGAAGAAUGCGUUUUUGCAACUGAAUUCAUGUUACUGAAAGUGGAAUAUGCCAUCGAAAUUCUCUCUGCUCAAACCAUUGGUGCAAGGAGUGAAGUCAUCGUAUUUUUGGCAGGUUUGAAUUGGCUCAAUUACGAUUACACCAGUCGAUGCACGUAUGCAGUAAAAAUUAUGGAAUGUGUACGUUUCAGUUCAAUGACUAUGGAGGAAAUAGUUGCUUGCUAUCACCCACCCUUUCUACCACAAGUGGUUGAAAUUCCAGAAAUAGUUGAGCUCCUAUUCAGAGCCAACUGUUACAUUACUGCUAAAGCUCUGGGACAAGAAAGUUGGUUCAAGCAGUACUCAAAUCCGAAGAGGAUGCUUGCUUUCGAAAACUUAUCAAUGGAAUUAUGGCACCAGAAAAGUCCAUCAUCUACUCCUAAUUUAUCAGUGUACUGUGAAGAGAUGAAUAACAUGGAAGAUUCACUUUAUUUAAAUACAGAUAUAAACAGGACAUCUGAUUCGAUAACAGUUUCACAAGCAGAUGGAAACAGAGGUUCGGAAAAUUAUUUCAGUCAGCCUAAUCUGGAAUGA